AUGGCCCGCAUUGGCUUUCCGGUGACACGUGAAAUGGUCCAUCAAGUCGGAAUCAAGCUUGCAAACGUCGCUGUUCGAGACGGGAAUCAUCGCGCGGAAGUGAUUAAAUCUGCCGACAAAUGGUUGCGGCUGUUCCUCCAGCGCCACCCAGACUUGGUGCUCCGUACGCCGGAGCACCUUUCUUGCGGACAGGCGAGCCUCACGGAAGACGACAUUCGAGCGCUCUUCGCCAGAAUCGAAGCUCGUCUCUUGGAGAAUAAUCUCCAGUCUGUACUACAGGAUCCAAAUCGGAUCUUCAACAAGGACGAAACUGGGAUCGCUCUAAAUCCUCAGCCAGGUCAAGUGCUUGCUCAGAGAGGUUCUCGCAACGUUCAAUCCCGUGGCGGAUCGGAGAAGGACCGUGUCACCAUGCUGGUGACCGGUUCUGCAGCCGGUUUCCUAGCGCCAAGUGCGAUUAUCCUCAAACGAAAGCGCGUGCCACCAGCGUUCGUCGAAUGCCUCGGUGAGGGCUUCUGUCUGAUGAAGUCCAAUUCAGGAUGGAUGACUGGCGUCACUUUCCUGGAAUACCUCGAGCGACACUUUCAGCCGUUCCUGAACAGGAGAGGUAUCGUUUUGCCUGUCCUCCUGUUCCUAGACAACCACCGGUCGCAUCUCACCAUGGAGGUCACGACUUACUGCGACGCUGAUGGCAUCAUUCUACUCCCUCUGUUACCGAAUGCUACACACAUCCUACAGCCUCUGGGCGUAGCGGUGUUCAGAGCGGUAAAGAAUGCCUGGCGCAAAAUAGGCAAUGAUUGGAGAGUCAAGAAUGGUGGUCGCUCAACGAGGAUAGAGGAGUUCUUGAUACUCAUCCAGCAGGCUUUUGGAGCGUUCGAUGCCUCGUGGCUGAUGAAUGGAUUCCGGAAAACCGGUAUAUAUCCCUGGAACCCGAACGCCGUGGAUUACUCGAAAUGUUGCUCAUUCGCGGGGCCCGCGGACUCGCUCGGGCCAUCGGGGCAAGCGGGGUCCUCUAGGCAAGCCGGGUCCUCUAAGCAAGCCGGGUCAUCUGCGCAAGCCGAGACAUCUGCGCAAGCCGAGCCCUCGAUGCCGUUCAUUGUUGAGCUAGAGGAGCGUAUGACCGCUGAACAGCUCAACCUCUUCCAGAAUCAGCAGGGAGAGUGGCGAGGUCCCGAACACAUGCGGGACUUGUUCGAAAUCUGGACGCUCGCGGAUCAGGAACUCUCCUCCCACGCCUCCGCUGCAUCGGUGGAAGAGCCUUUAAACGAAAUCCGGGAUAUACUGAGUCUCCCACAGCCCUAUCAACCUAAACAGCGACGCCGCUGA